UGAGGAUUGAAAGGAGGCUUUGGCUGCAUAGGAAGGGUUGCACCAUGUCGGAUCAUGAGAGUGGUGACGAGACGCAGCAGGCCCAGGGUGGGUCUGUUGAACAGGAACUGUGUACAAAAACUUUACAGAUUCAGUCAAAAAGGUUCUAUUUGGAUGUCAAACAGAAUCGUAGAGGACGGUUCAUCAAAAUAGCAGAAGUUGGUGCAGGUGGGAAGAAAACUCGCCUCCUUCUGGCCAUGUCUAUAGCAGCUGAAUUUAGAGAUUAUCUAACAGAUUUCAGUGAACAUUAUGCUUCCCUCGGUCCUCCGAAUCCAGACAGCCUUCCAGAAGAUGGUAAACUGAAGAGUGAGACUAUGGUGAAGGACAACAGACGAUAUUACCUAGACCUGAAAGAGAACCAGAGGGGCAGGUUUCUCAGGGUGAGUGUGUCUCAAACACGCACCAGAGGCGGACCACGUUCUCAAAUAGCCAUUCCGGCCCAAGGAAUGAUAGAAUUUCGAGACUCCCUGACUGAUAUUCUAGAUGAGUUUGGGACGGACGACCACGGUGAGUCUGAUGAAGGACAGAGCGAGCUACCUGAUAGCAAGUACUUGAGAGUAGAAAACAAAGUGUUUUACUUCGACGUAGGAUCAAAUCGCCGUGGCGUCUACCUUAGAGUGUCCGAGGUCCGCACAAAUUAUCGUACCGCCAUCACCAUUCCUGAGAGGUCAUGGGGAAGGUUUCGUGAUAUGUUAUCAGAGUAUGCGGACAGGCCUGGAUCCAGUGCCAAGGGGGAUAACAACAGCCAAUAAACAAAAGGAGGAACAGAGGGAAUGUGCUUUGUGAUGAGGGUUGUUUUAGGAUUGAUACAAACUCAUGGGUGAUGCAGUUAAGGAAAUAUUAUAAUUCAGAGUCGAGCAGGCUAUAGUGUGAUUCUACAGCGAAAACACAGCUACUGAGGCAUAAAUAUCGCUGUAUACGCAGUGCUCCGCGAGGGCUGACCGAAGAAUCAUGAGCGCAUGGAAUUGUGUUCAAAAUUGGUCAUGACACAAUCAGAAAAAAAAGGACCUGAUUUGUCAUAGACAAGACCCCAUGGCCAAAGCAGUGAGAAACCGUUCUGAUGAAUAGGUCUAUAUAGUCUUUCAAUGUUUUAGUAUGAUUGAAAUCUAAUAUUUAAAAAAAGAAAACAGAACAGUUGACUUGCUGUACAAAGGCAUUUUAAUUGAAUUAACAUAUUUGAGAUGCUUAUGUUUGAGCAGAAUGCAAUGAACGAUUGUAUGAAUUCAGAGGAUUUUUGUGUAGAUUGUACACGAAAUAUUUACAGUGAUACAAGGUACAUUCAUGCAACCAUAUCAUUUUCCCUUUAGUUUUUUGUUUCUAAGACGAGUUAUCAUGAAGCACAUUUCCUUCGUUUGCUUAUAACACUUAAAGCAACUCUAUGGGAGUGACCCUAUUUUACAUUCGUGAGAUAGUGCUCCCUGGUAGACCGCAGUCUGUACAGUGUGUCACUUCAUCGUCUUUGUGGAAAGUUUUCCGUGAUUGUGUAUAAAUGAUAGAACAUGACAUGGUGUGGGUUUAGCCUGUGGUUUUCGAUGGUGUCGCCGGUGUCGCCAGUAGGGGCGUCAUAGCUUUAUGUAGAGUCGGUAUUGGGAUGUGAUGUCGGGUUGAAAUGCUCGAAUUGUGGAUCAUGUGCAUGCUUGUUGCCAGUCAGACUUGCGCUUUGUUGAUUAACAUACUCAUGUUUCACAAGGUAGAAAUCUGUUUGGAUUGGGUUGAAUUCAGCACAUAUUGCAUCUUUGGAUACGAUGUAUCCAGACAUGGAAAUCUGGUCAAAUUAGCAGACCUGGCAAGCUCGAUAGCAUCACCAUUCCACAAAUUGUAAUUGGCAUUGAAGGCAUCCGAUUUGAUUAAGUAUGAAUUUGGCCCAUCACUUCUCUGGGUACAUUGUAUAUUUAUGGAAAAUAGUUAAAUUGACAGAUCUGGACUUGGUUGAGAAUUUGGUUGGUAGUUUGGCAAAUGGCACAGUACAUCCUCAUGUAACCAGUUUGUGGAUAGUUUGUGGUAUGAGGGUGCUGGGACCUGGUGACAAGACAAUGGGUAGGCUAGUCAGAUCUAUCAGAGAGUCAGUGAGUCUGUUGGGUAGUGUGGUUAUGUGGUCUGUUUUGGUGCAGCAAAACAAGGUUUUAAGUUAGCCGUUGUGGGCUAGGGUCAUUUUGUAUUCCCCCCAGAACAGCUAGCAACAUUGGAUCAAUGUGACUUCUUCUGAUAAAAGUGCUUGUUUUUAUUUUGAAUAUUCUUUAAAGCAAGUCAGAGCUGCUUUUUAACUCAAAAUGACAGCUGAAAAUGUGUUUUUAUUAUCAAUUGGCGAUUAAAAUGACAUCAUUUUAUAUGACAAUAUUUUGUAUACCUUGUAUAAAUUUAUAUAUAAAAAAAAAAGAAGUUCAAUGUUCAGACCACUAAUGAAAUUGAUAAUCAUAUGAUCAUUUACAUAUAUAUAUAGAAAUGAUGGAGGAAUUGCCAUUGUCAAGCUUGCAAAUAUUCCGCUACCAGUACACUUGUACUGGGACGUAGUGAGAAGGGGAGGUAAGUCUAGUGUGCUACAUUGUGAUAUUACAUACAUAAAAUGUGUGCAGCCAUUUGCUGCUUAAAACCUUGUGUCAGACCUUGUGUCAGUGUUUUGUGUUAAAAUCUUACCCAUAUCUUUGACAUUGUGUCAAAUUGGUUCAUUGAUUACAAUUCUGUAAUCAUGAUUAUUAUUGAUUAUAUCUUUUCAGCUUUCUGUCUUUUGGAAAUUUCUGUUUUGAAUUGGGUAUGAAAUCUGUACCUGAACAUGUAUUAAUGUUCUUGCUAAAAUAGUCACCAAUUGGUAAUUUGAUUAGAUUGUUUUCCGAACUAAUUUUGGUCUAUGUAUAGAUAAAUAUAUAUAUUUAGGGUUUGGUGUCAUAUUAUUUAAGCACAGAAGUUCACGUUGGGAGUACGUAAUAAUUGGACAAAAAUUGCUGAAUUUGCCUUGUAUUUCACAUAUUAUAGGCUGGUAUUUAUUUGAUCUUUUUUGAAGUCUUGUUGACACUUGUACUUGUUAUUACCUGUGAAUAAGUUCAUUCUGUUCUGUCUUUUCUUGCUAUGGUUAAUUUGUGCCACAUCAUGAGGGUGCGGCUAUCACGUUGUAGCUAUAAUUAGUUAGGGCCGCGUUGCAAUGGUGCCGCCUGUUACGUUGUAGCUAUAAUUAGUUGGUGCCGUAUCAUGAGGGUCUGGGCUUAAGAUAGUCUGUUUUAAUAGUUACUCAGUUAAGUAGUUUUAUUCAGUCAGGUGAUUGAUUGUGAAAUGCUAUAGUAGAUUGUUGCUUUAUAUAUUAUUGAUAUAUAUAUACUAUACAUUUGUAGGAUGAAGGAGGUUUGGAUUCUUCAUAAAAUAAUGUUAUAAUAGCAAUUUGAAAGAACCGUGAUGGAUGCAGCUUUUCAAGAUGGAACAACGGGUUUAGGAAACCAAAAAUCUCACUAGCUCCGAGAUCUCAAAUCUUCUCUGAAACUACAUUGAAGAAGCAAAUGAACCAAUCAGAUGGUUUUGCAAUUUCACCAUCACUUGUGAUCGGUUGAUCCGGGUAUGAAAAUCAAAGAAGAUUUGGAGGUCCUGGACGCUAAGUACUGGACAUGUGAAAGUUAUUAUUAUGGAAGGUUUUAAAAUGUUUUCAAGGAAAGAGAAACUUUUUUUAAUUCAACGAUUUUAAGAGCUAUAUUUGUGUUAUUAUUUUUUGUUUUGAAGCAGUUAUGUACUGAUCAUUCUGGGGCAACACGCAAUAUGUUGACUGUCAAUUUUUUAUAGUAAAUCCAGUUGUAGCUAUAUAUUCUUUAUUUGUGGAAUACAAAGUUAUCCUCUAACAGUAUGAGCUGCUCCCCCUUUGUUUUUUCCUUGUUAAAUACAAAGUGAUUUUAACAGUUUUUUGCUUUCUCAACAUUGAUGUUGUACUGUUUUAUAAUGCCAUUUUCAGAAAAAUGAAGGAAUUAAUUCUGUUACUCAUAUUAAUGAUAUUUUAAAUGUAACACAGUGUUCAGUUAAUUGUGAUGAUUGAUUGAAAAAUGAACAAAAAUGUAACAUUAUUCCCCAAAAAAUAUUAAUUGAUCAACAAAGAAUAAAACCUCCAUACUGGUAUUGGGAAGAUACUGUAUGUUUCAAAGGGAGAUAACUCGUACUGAUGGAAGUCGGCCCUUCACAAAUAGGUAUUUAGAAAUUCAAACCACUUCUUGUACCUACACGUUUUGUUAAACAACAUUCAUCAUACAUUUCACAUUGUCAGAUUUCAAUGCAUGCGUAAGCUGCAAGCUUUUUUUUUGGUUUUUAUAGUCUCCUUAUUUUUAUGUUGUUAUUAUGUGUCUCAAGAGAUUGUUAUAUUACAAUACAUACUAGUGCUAUCAAAUCAUUUGUUUUCUCUUUUGAAUUCUAAACUGAAAGAUGCAAAUUGUCCAACAACUUGAUACAACUCGAGAAAUAACAACAAAAAAUUCCAGGUCCUGAUUUCUUGAGAAAGUAGAAUAUGCCACAGUCCAGCUCACACUUUGUUUUCUGAAAUCAUUAUAUUUUGAUAUUGUUUGAUGUAGUGUAAUAUGAAUUCUGUUCACAUUAAUACAAAUAAGAAAUAUUCAAAAUGUUUUUAUUAUCAAAUAAAAGUGAACUGUAUUUUUUUUUAUUUCUUUGUUUAAACUGAAUCAGAUAAAAAUUUCAUUAUUUCCGAAGUCAUAGGAAAUCCGAAAUCAGAUUGUGCUGAAAUAUGGAAAUGUGAAUUUUUUUCAAUUUGGAGAUAAUUUAAUAUAAAAAUAUAAAAAAUUGUAGGUCGUAUCUUUUCAAGAGAUCAGGACUAGUUCGUUUUUCGUGUAUCUAAGAGAUAUAUAUGUAGGAGGGAAAAAUUCAUUUUUGGAGGCCUUAAUUAUUUCAUUUUUAUUAACACUAUUCCUGGCUCUAUCAUCGUCACUUCAUUAACUAGUCAUAAUAAUUGUUACCAAGAGUUUUACCAAGUUUUACAAUCAAUCGCGGUUUGGUGAACUCUGUUGUAAAGAAAAGUACAGUGAAUGUAUAGAAACAAGUUAGAUUUAGAAGUGACAGGCAUGGAUAAGAUAUAUCAAAGAAUAUCAAAAGUUGGCAAAGAUAAAAUAUUUAAAGUUGGUGUGGAUAAACUAUUUCAAAGAAAUAUUAAAAGUUUGUAAGGACAAAUAUGAAAAGUUGGUAUGAAUAAAGGAAUAUUAAAUGUUGGCAUAUUUUAAGUUGGUGUGGAUAAAAUAUUUCACAGAAAUAUUGAAAGUUUGCAAGGACAAAUACUUGAAGUUGGCAAGGAUGAAAUAUUUCACAGAAAUACUUAGUUGGCCAUAUAUUUAAAAAAGGUAAGCACGGAUAGAAAUAUAUAUAAAUUGCCCUUGAUGAAAUAUUUCACAAAAAUAUUUAAAGUUGGCAAAGAUAGGAAGUUGUUCUUAAAAGCUGGAAAAAAUAUUUCAUAAAAAAAUAAAAGUUGGCAAAGACGGGAAUUAAUUAAAGUUGGCAAGGACUUUUGCAAAGAUAAGAUUAUUGAUAGUUGGUAAGGAUAGAAAUAUUUCAUGUGAAAUAUGGAACUGAUUUAUUUCAAAGUAGACAAGAAGAGAAAAGUGUUAUAACGUUAACAUUGCCAACAAAUCAGUUGUUUUGGCCAGAGGGCCUACAUUAUAUAGCGUAUUAGUAAUUUAUUGACUGCUGCAUAGAUGCUACUCAUUUAUAUUGUAUGUAUGCACUCCGGUAUGAUGUGUGCGUGUGUACAAAACCCAGCGUAUAUGUCUUUUUCUUUUUUUUUAAUUUAUCGUUGAAAUAAGGUUAGGGAGGACUGUCAAAUGGCAAAUACUGUUAUGUGAAAUUCAGUUGCCAUUUGUUAAACAAGUUGUUAACUAUUAACUUAAAGCUAUAAAACAACCACCUUAAGCAUUAGUAUACCUAGAAUAAUAAUAAAACCAUGCCAUUUUCCAGCAUUUCCAUUACACAGAAACUUUAUAAAAGUUGCACAUACUUUUUUUCAUUAUCCCCUGUUUCGCCAUGUAGAAGUUUAUUUCUAGUUUCGGUUGCAUUUGAUUUUUGGUCUGUAUUUGACACUACCGUCCAUAGGUUUUGAUCUAUUUCCCUUUCGCUGUAUUUCACUAUACUUUUUUUCAUCAUUCAUUUUUAGCCUUGGCUUUCACCGUGAUAUCCUUAUUGCAGUAUUUUAUGCAGAGAAGGAUAUCGGUUGACAAUUUACGAAUACCUGCCAUUCAAUGGUAUCCUGUUGGUCAACUUCUUGGAAUAUUGUAGCUUUCAGUUUUUCAAUUGACGGGGAAAUCUGUAAAGUGCUGAAAGGAGGAUUUUCUUUCCGUGAAAUCCUUUUCAGUAUUAAUUAUUUCUUACAGCAGGUUCCUAGUUGUUGGGUACUUAUUAUUGUUAAGAUGUUAAUUUCUAACCUACGCCUGUCCCAAAUAAGAGCAGAGUUGAUGCCAUGCAUAGUAUCCUUGAGACUAUUUUUUUAAAUACUAGAAAAGAAAAAAAAGUAGAAAAAAUGUUAUCAUACUGAAAUUCUUACGAUCAUGUACAGUACAUUAAAUGGAACAAUCAAAGAGAUGUUCUCAACUUUGUUGUGUAAGUAUUAAAAUUCAUCAUGUUU